GGGAAUCAGGUCCCGGAGGAAGAGGGUCCGCUAGAGGCUUGGAGCGCGCCGGACAGACACUUCUCGCGACUCUUCCCCGGCGGCGGCGGCGGCGGCGGCUAGGAGCGGACUCUGGGACGGGAGCGAAGCGGCCAAGGACUCUGGGCUGCGAGGAUUACCCGACAAGUGGCUGUCUGCCUGACUGGAGCCGCAGAGAGGGGCGCUCGAGACGCGGAGCCGGAGUGCGGGGUCGGCGGCGGCGGCUGAGUGGGAGAAGUCAAGCUCGGGCGGCUGGGUCGGUCGCCCGCCAGGAGCGCGGGCACCAGGCAAGCAGGCCGCGUCGCGCUCACCAUGGUCAACCGCUGGGACACCGGAGUCCUGCUGUGCGCGCUGCUCGGCGGUCUGCUUCUCACAGGAUCUAGUUCAGGUUCAAAAUUAAAAGGUCCUGAACUGAGUUUAAAAGGCACCCAGCAUGUCAUGCAAGCAGGCAAGACGCUGUAUAUCAAAUGCAGAGGGAAAGCAGACCACUCAUGGUCUUUGCCUGAAACAGUGAGAAAGGAUAGCAAAAGGCUCAGCAUAACAAAAUCUGCCUGUGGAAGGAAUGGCAAACAGUUCUGCAGCACUUUGAUCUUGACCACGGCCCAGGCAAACCACACUGGCUUCUAUAGCUGCAAGUAUCUAUCUAUUCCUGCUUCAAAGAACAAGCAAACAGAAUCUAAAAUCUAUAUAUUUAUUAAUGAUACAGAUAGACCUUUCUUAGAGAUGCACAGUGAAGUACCUAAAAUGAUAUAUAUGACUGAAGGAAGGGGGCUCGUCAUUCCCUGCCGGGUUACAUCGCCUAACAUCACUGUCACUUUAAAAAAGUUUCCACUUGAACCUCUGAUCCCUGAUGGAAAAAGAAUAACCUGGGACAGUAGGAAGGGCUUUAUAAUUUCAAAUGCAACAUACAAAGAAAUAGGGCUUCUGACCUGUGAAACAACAGUCAACGGCCAUUUGUACAAGACAAACUAUCUCACAUAUCGACGAACCAAUGUAAUCUUUGAUGUCCAAAUGAGCACACCAAGCCCUGUCAAGUUACUCAGAGGCCAUACUCUUACCCUCAACUGUACUGCCAGCACUGCCUUGAAUACAAGAGUUCAAAUGACCUGGAGUUACCCUGGUAAAAAAAAUAAGAGUGCCUCUAUAAGGCAACGAUUUGACCAAGGCAAUUCCCAUGCCAACAUAUUCUACAGUGUUCUUACUAUUAACAAAGUUCAGAGCAAAGACAAAGGCAUUUACACCUGUCAUGUGAAGAGUGGCCCAAACUUCAAAUCUGUUAACACCUCAGUGCGUGUAUAUGAUGAUGCAUUCAUCACUGUGAAUCAUCGAAAACAGCAGGUGCUUGAAACUGUUGCUGGCAAGAAGUCUUACCGGCUCCCCGUGAAAGUGAAGGCAUUUCCCCCACCGGAAGUCGCAUGGCUAAAAGACGGGUUACCUGUGACGGAGAAAUCUGCUCGCUAUUUGGUUCGUGGCUAUUCGUUAGUUAUUAAAGAUGUAGCUGCCGAAGAUGCAGGGAAUUACACAAUCUUGCUGAGCAUAAAGCAGUCAAAUGUGGUUAAAAACCUCACAACCACUCUACUCGUAAAUGUGAAACCCCAGAUUUACGAGAAGGCUGUGUCACCAUUUCUAGAACCAAUUCUCUACCCACUGGGCAGCAGACAAAUCCUGACUUGUACCAUUUAUGGUAUCCCUCAACCUACAAUCAAGUGGUUCUGGCAUCCCUGUAACCAUAAUCAUUCGAAAGCAAGGUAUGACUUUUGCUCCAAUAAUGAAGAGUCCUUUAUUCUGGAUCCUGACAGCAACAUAGGAAACAGAAUCGAGAGCAUCACUCAGCGCACGGCAGUAGUAGAAGGAAAGAAUAAGACUGCUAGCACCUUGGUUGUGGCUGACUCUAGAAUUUCUGGAAUCUACAGCUGCAUGGCUUCUAAUAAAGCAGGGACUGUGGAGAGAAACAUAAACUUUUAUAUCACAGAUGUGCCAAAUGGAUUCCAUGUUAAUUUGGAAAAAAUGCCUACUGAAGGAGAGGACCUGAAACUGUCUUGCACAGUUAGCAAGUUCUUAUACAGAGACAUUACCUGGAUUCUUCUGCGGACAGCUAAUAACCGAACCACACACCACAGCAUUAGCAGGCAAAGAGCGACCGUCACUAAGGAGCACUCCGUCACACUUCACCUCAUCGUCAAGAAUGCUUCCCUGGAAGAUUCAGGCAUCUAUGCCUGCAGAGCCAGGAACGUGUACACAGGGGAAGACAUCCUUCAGAAGAAAGAAGUUACAAUCAGAGAUCAGGAAGCACCACACCUCCUGCGAAACCUCAGUGAUCACACAGUGGCUGUCAGCAGCUCCACUACUCUAGACUGUCAUGCCAACGGUGUCCCUGAGCCUCAGAUCACCUGGUUUAAAAACAACCGCAAAAUACAACAAGAGCCCGGAAUUAUUUUAGGACCAGGAAGCAGCACGCUGUUUAUUGAAAGAGUCACAGAAGAGGAUGAAGGCGUCUAUCACUGCAAAGCCACCAACCAGAGGGGGUCUGUGGAAAGUUCAGCAUACCUCACUGUUCAAGGAACCUCAGACAAGUCAAAUCUGGAGCUAAUCACUCUGACGUGCACGUGUGUGGCUGCAACCCUCUUCUGGCUCCUAUUAACUCUCUUUAUCCGAAAACUGAAAAGGUCUUCUUCUGAAAUAAAGACUGACUACUUGUCAAUUAUAAUGGACCCAGACGAAGUUCCCCUGGAUGAGCAGUGUGAGCGCCUCCCGUAUGAUGCCAGCAAGUGGGAGUUUGCUCGCGAGAGACUUAAACUGGGCAAAUCACUUGGAAGAGGGGCUUUUGGAAAAGUGGUACAAGCAUCUGCAUUUGGUAUUAAGAAAUCACCCACAUGCCGGACUGUGGCUGUAAAAAUGCUGAAAGAGGGGGCCACAGCCAGCGAGUACAAAGCUCUGAUGACGGAGCUCAAGAUCUUGACUCACAUUGGCCACCACCUGAAUGUAGUGAACCUGCUAGGAGCCUGUACCAAGCAAGGAGGGCCUCUGAUGGUGAUUGUUGAAUAUUGCAAAUAUGGAAAUCUAUCCAACUAUCUCAAGAGCAAACGGGACUUAUUCUUUCUCAACAAGGAUGCAGCAUUACACGUGGAACCUAAAAAAGAAAAAAUGGAGCCAGACUUGGAGCAAGGCAAGAAACAACGACUAGAUAGUGUCACCAGCAGCGAGAGCUUCGCAAGCUCCGGGUUUCAGGAAGAUAAAAGUCUAAGCGAUGUUGAGGAAGAGGAGGAUUCCGAUGAUUUCUACAAGCAGCCCAUAACCAUGGAAGACCUGAUUUCUUACAGUUUUCAAGUGGCCAGAGGCAUGGAGUUUUUGUCUUCAAGAAAGUGCAUUCAUCGGGACCUGGCAGCACGAAAUAUUCUUUUAUCUGAGAACAACGUGGUGAAGAUUUGCGAUUUUGGCCUUGCCCGGGAUAUUUAUAAGAACCCCGAUUAUGUGAGAAAAGGAGAUACUCGACUUCCUCUGAAAUGGAUGGCUCCUGAAUCUAUCUUUGACAAAAUCUACAGCACCAAGAGCGACGUGUGGUCUUACGGAGUACUGCUGUGGGAAAUCUUCUCCUUAGGUGGGUCUCCAUAUCCAGGAGUACAAAUGGACGAGGACUUCUGCAGUCGCCUGAAGGAGGGCAUGAGGAUGAGGGCUCCUGAAUAUGCAACUCCUGAAAUCUACCAGAUCAUGCUGGACUGCUGGCACAGAAACCCCAGAGAAAGGCCAAGGUUUGCAGAACUUGUGGAAAAACUUGGCGAUCUGCUUCAAGCAAAUGUACAGCAGGAUGGUAAAGACUAUAUCCCACUAAAUGCCAUACUGACAGGAAAUAGUGGGUUCACAUACACAACUCCAGCCUUCCCAGAGGACUUCUUCAAGGAAGAUAGUUCAGCUCAAAGGUUUAAUUCAGGAAGUUCUGGUAAUGUCAGAUAUGUAAAUGCUUUCAAUUUCAUAAGCCUGGAAAGAAUAAAAACAUUUGACGAACUUUCACCAAAAGUCAUCUCCAUGCUUGAUGAUUACCAGGUGGACAGUAGCACUCUGCUGGCGUCCCCUUUGCUGAAGCACUUCCCCUUGACUGAGAGCAAACCUAAGGCCUCACUGAAGACUGACAUGAGAGUAACCAGUAAGAGUAAGGAGUCGGGGCUUUCUGACCUCAGCAGGCCUACUGCCUCCCAUGCAGCCUGUGGGCACGUCAACAAAGGCACGUGCAGAUUUGCCUCUGACGACUCUGAGCUGGACAAGAAGGUCUCGUGCUGCUCUCCUCCCCCAGACUACAACUCGGUGGUCUUAUACUCCAGCCCACCUGUGUAAAGUGUGCAACACAGUCUGAUUUCUACAACCACAAGUGUAUUUAUACCCCGAGAAAAUGAGCUUUUGCCAGUAUUAUACAUAUAUACAUUUACACCUCUACUUUUCCACAGGGACCACUUGCUUUCUUGUGAUUUUUAAUAGUGCUUUUUUCUGAUUAACAAAAAUGUAACCCCAGAGAGGGUAACAGUGACAGGUGAAGGCCACUACUGCUAAACCCUCACAUUACUCAGUGUGUUAAGAGAAAACUGUUCAAGCCCAAAGGGCUCCUGCUCCUUCUCCCCAGGCCUCAGGGCACGGAUGACGGAGACACACUGACCACGGGAGGCCGGACACUGAACCCUGGAACCAAGCUGGCCAAAGCGAGGCCCCCAGGUUCCUCCAGCAGACGGGACGUGCAAGGGAGAGAAGGGAGACAUGAAGAAAAAAGAAAACAAGGUGUGAGAAAGGGGAGUUUGAGCUGGACCAUAGGGAAGGAGUAGGAGAGGGCUUCCCACAAAGCCCAUCCAGUGGCUUUCAAAACCCUGACCUGACCUGCUUCCUUUGAGAACCCAGCUGGGGAGCUGAUGAAAUAGAGGGAUGAGCAGGUCUUUCCUGAUUCUGGGAGGCAAGGGAAGGGCAAACAUUUUUUGGAACGAGGACUUGUUCUUUGUCCAUUCCUACAUAUGGCACAUUUUUUAUUUCUAGCACUGAGGGUGGUACUCAAAGCUGAGCCCAUACAAAAUACACUGAAUACUUACCAAGGUAAGUUGGCAUAUUAGUUCAGGGUAUAUAGCAUAUCGCUCAUAGUAACCUAACUGGAAUGACUCUGGUCUGUUAGGGUUAUCUGUUGGGCUUAAGACCCCAUUUUAAAGAAUAACGUCAGCUUCCAUUUUGUGUAUCAAUGUAUAGUCAAGACACUUACCUCAGUGUUUUGUAUUAACCUUUUUUUUUUCAAGUUAGUUAUAAAAGGAAGCUGAGGAGAAUGAAAAUGUGGUCCUGUAGAUGGCUUUCUCUGUAUCAAAACUAGGAUAGAGGGAAUAAAAAAGAAGAGGCAGAGUGAAAGCCCCUCUACCAACCAAACCAAUUCACAAAAACGGUUGGGACCCAAAGGAUAAGAGUUAAUCAUGGUUUUGUUUUGGUUUUUGUUAUUCCAGUUUGUCUCCUGGGAAGAUGUGUUAGAGCAUUAACCAAGGUUUAUUAAGCACUUUAUGCUCCUUGAGAAAAGAGGUGAUAUGUAAGGUAAUCCUAGAAUCAGGACUCAGGAUAUUAAUCAGCCAUCAGUAGGAGAAAAGCCUCUUUUCCUCUGCUUUGGACCUUGCCUUGGUCUGAGGAUGAUGGAAAUAGGGAACAGGGUACGCAGGGUGCCUACUCUUCAAUAGUCUGAGGGCCCUGGGUCUCCCAGAUGGUUCUGUUUGAUGCUUAGUAUUUAGGAAGUUUGGAGCCAGUCAGAGCUGGACAGGCAACAGUGAAUUGCUGCUGUCAGUAGAGAAGAUAUGGUUCCCUUGAUGCAUGUAGAGUUAAGCAUGUAGCUUAACUCUAGAACCUGAAAUAUGAGUAAUGAAAGCCCUUCCUGUGUGACAGCCUUGUUCCAAGGUUCUUUGUAUGAAGAGAUGGGGAUUCGUCACAUUCCCAGUGAGACGGUGGCUGCUCCAACGGUAACUCUGCCAGAGGAGCCUCUGGCCGGCAGAGCAGUGUGUCCAGUCUUUCCACCAAGAGCCAAGGCCAAACAUCAGGCCAGGACCAGAGGGGGCAGCUUUGCUCUUCCUCCCUUCACCUGUGACAACUGGUGAUAGUAGAACCAGGAAACCAAGAGGACGUUAAACUUGGAGAAGAUAAAAGAAGACCUCAAUCAGUUCUCUAGUUUUUCCAGAUCAGAUAAGGAUCCAGCAAUUAGUGAAAACCAAGGAAAAUCAUAGCUAUAGAUGUCCUGAUUUCAAUAAUCUCAUUCUUAAUCAUUGAAACCUUAGUAAUACCAUCAUACCAAAAGAAAAUGAUUUAUCACAACUAUGUUAAUUCAGUUUCUUGAAAGACUCAGGUUUAUAACCUACAUGAGUCCAUCUGCCAACAAAGGUUCCUAUCUGGAGGCUUGGCAAAGGAAGGAAAAUGGCAGCCUGUAGUCACCUGUACUGUACGUAGUUGUGAGGUGCUUGCCAUAGAUGAGUUCAUUAAAACAGCAAAUUAAAACACUGAUGGUGUUAUGAAAAUCAUUUGUCACUUAAGACAAAAAUGGUUGGCACUGACAGGACAGACUCAGCACUUCUUUCAGGAUUCGUGAGAUAAUGUACAUGUAAUGGCCCACGUGGAAGGGGACAGACCACACGGACGUGUAGCUCUAGUUAGUCUAAGGAACAAUGCUCAAACCUUAGUUUGAACCCAUGCAACUUAUUUGUCCAAAUCCUGAAAAACGUUACUUAGGUGUUUUGGCUGUGCCUUGUUUCCCAGCCUGUAAGAAUGUCAAACAUAAAACAGGUAUUUUCCAGCCCCUUUUAGUUGAUUAAAGGAGGAAUGUAUCUUUGACUGAUAUGGUAGUUACUAUAUGUAUAUAUAUGUGCGUGUGUAUGUUUUGUGCAGAACUAUUUAAGGAAACUGGAAUUUUAAAGCUACUUUUAUACAAACCAACAAUUAUG